AUGAAGCAGCUCGUGCUCGCCAUCACGGCGCUCGCCGCCCUCGCCCUCGGGCGCGCCAUGCCCUCCCACCUGCACCACCACCGGCCGCGCACCGUGGACCUCGCCGACGCGCUCAACCGCACCGUGUGCCCCAUCGUGGUCGAGGUGGACGAGGACCCCGAGCGCGUGCCGCGCCGCAUCAAGAUGAUGAAGUGCGCCCCCGACCCCAACAAGUGGUGCAUGCAGCAGAAGAUCCCCCAGCACGAGUGCUGCGAGCACAACCACAACAACCACAAGAUGGAGUGCGUGGAGAUGCACGACACGGUGCUGGUGCAGUACCCGGGCAGCGGCAGCACGCGCACCUUCGACGUGGCGGUGGGCUGCUCGUGCAUGGUGGGCCAGGGCCCGCGCGCCACCACGGUGCCCUCGGGGCCCACG